AUGUUAUCCAAGGGCAGUGAUACUAGAUCAAGUUUAUUAGAUCCUGACCUCACUAAUGUUAAAUCUGAUCCUACAGUCCUCACUAAUGUUAUAUCUGAUCCUACAGUCCUCACUAAUGUUAUAUCUGAUCCUACAGUCCUCACUAAUGUUAAAUCUGAUCCUACAGUCCUCACUAAUGUUAUAUCUGAUCCUACAGUCCUCACUAAUGUUAAAUCUGAUCCUACAGUCCUCACUAAUGUUAUAUCUGAUCCUACAGUCUUCACUAAUGUUAAAUCUGAUCCUACAGUCCUCACUAAUGUUAAAUCUGAUCCUACAUUCCUCACUAAUGUUAUAUCUGAUCCUACAGUCCUCAUUAAUGUUAAAUCUGAUCCUACAGUCCUCACUAAUGUUAAAUCUGAUCCUACAGUCCUCACUAAUGUUAUAUCUGAUCCUACAGUCCUCACUAAUGUUAUAUCUGAUCCUACAGUCCUCACUAAUGUUAAAUCUGAUCCUACAGUCCUCACUAAUGUUACAUCUGAUCCUACAGUCCUCACUAAUGUUAUAUCUAAUCCUACAGUCCUCACUAAUAUUAUAUCUGACCCUACAUGUGUAGGUGAUACUAGAUCAAGUUUAUUAGAUACUGACCUCACUAAUGUUAUAUCUGACCCUACACGUGUAGGUGAUACUAGAUCAAGUUUAUUAGAUACUGACCUCACUAAUGUUAUAUCUAAUCCUACAGUCCUCACUAAUGUUAUAUUUGAUCCUACACGUGUAGGUGAUAUAAGAUCAAGUUUAUUAGAUCCUGACCUCACCAAUAUUAUAUCUGAUCCUACAGUCCUCACUAAUGUUAUAUCUGAUCCUACACGUGUAGGUGAUACUAGAUCAAGUUUAUUAGAUCCUGACCUCACUAAUGUUAUAUCUGACCCUACACAUGUAGGUGAUACUAGAUCAAGUUUAUUAGAUACUGACCUCACUAAUGUUAUAUCUAAUCCUACAGUCCUCACUAAUGUUAAAUCUGAUCCUACAGUCCUCACUAAUGUUAUAUCUGAUCCUACAGUCCUCACUAAUGUUAUAUCUGAUCCUACAGUCCUCACUAAUGUUAUAUCUAAUCCUACAGUCCUCACUAAUGUUAUAUUUGAUCCUACACGUGUAGGUGAUAUAAGAUCAAGUUUAUUAGAUACAGUCCUCACUAAUGUUAUAUCUGAUCCUACAGUCCUCACUAAUGUUAAAUCUGAUCCUACAGUCCUCACUAAUGUUAAAUCUGAUCCUACAGUCUUCACUAAUGUUAAAUCUGAUCCUACAGUCCUCACUAAUGUUAAAUCUGAUCCUACAGUCCUCACUAAUGUUAAAUCUGAUCCUACAGUCCUCACUAAUGUUAAAUCUGAUCCUACAGUCCUCACUAAUGUUAAAUCUGAUCCUACAGUCCUCACUAAUGUUAAAUCUGAUCCUACAGUCCUCACUAAUGUUAUAUCUGAUCCUACACGUGUAGGUGAUACUAGAUCAAGUUUAUUAGAUCCUGACCUCACCAAUAUUAUAUCUGAUCCUACAUGUGUAGGUGAUACUAGAUCAAGUUUAUUAGAUACUGACCUCACUAAUGUUAAAUCUGAUCCUACAGUCCUCACUAAUGUUAUAUCUAAUCCUACAGUCCUCACUAAUGUUAUAUCUGAUCCUACACGUGUAGGUGAUACUAGAUCAAGUUUAUUAGAUACUGACCUCACUAAUGUUAUAUCUAAUCCUACAGUCCUCACUAAUGUUAUAUUUGAUCCUACACGUGUAGGUGAUAUAAGAUCAAGUUUAUUAGAUACUGACCUCACUAAUGUUAUAUUUGAUCCUACACGUGUAGGUGAUACUAGAUCAAGUUUAUUAGAUCCUGACCUCACCAAUAUUAUAUCUGAUCCUACAUGUGUAGGUGAUACUAGAUCAAGUUUAUUAGAUCCUGACCUCACUAAUGUUAUAUCUGAUCCUACACGUGUAGGUGAUACUAGAUCAAGUUUAUUAGAUACUGACCUCACUAAUGUUAUAUCUAAUCCUACAGUCCUCACUAAUGUUAUAUCUAAUCCUACAGUCCUCACUAAUGUUAAAUCUGAUCCUACAGUCCUCACUAAUGUUAUAUCUGAUCCUACAGUCCUCACUAAUGUUAAAUCUGAUCCUACAGUCCUCACUAAUGUUAUAUCUGAUCCUACAGUCCUCACUAAUGUUAAAUCUGAUCCUACAGUCCUCACUAAUGUUAUAUCUGAUCCUACAGUCCUCACUAAUGUUAAAUCCGAUCCUACAGUCCUCACUAAUGUUAUAUCUGAUGCUACUGUUGUAUCUAUCCUACUGACCAGGAAAACUGCUGUGCUACUGACCAGUACCACUGUUGGCCUACCGACCUAUACCACUGCUGGCCUACUGACCAGGACCACUGCUGUCCUACUGACCAGUACCACUGCUGUCCUACUGACCAGUACCACAGCUGGCCUACUGACCAGGACCACUGCUGUCCUACUGACCAGUACCACUGUUGGCCUACUGACCAGUACCCCUACUGACCAGGACCACUGCUGUCCUACUGACCAGUACCACAGCUGGCCUACUGACCAGGACCACUGCUGUCCUACUGACCAGUACCACUGCUGGCCUACUGACCAGUACCACUGCUGGCCUACUGACCAGUACCACUGCUGGCCUACUGACCAGGACCACUGCUGUCCUACUGACCAGUACCACAGCUGGCCUACUGACCUAUACCAGUGCUGGCCUACUGACCAGGACCACAAGUGUCCUACUGACCAGUACCACAGCUGUCCUACUGACCAGUACCACUGUUGGCCUACUGACCUAUACCACUGCUGGCCUACUGACCAGGACCACAACUGGCCUACUGACCAGUACCACUGCUGUCCUACUGACCAGUACCACUGUUGGCCUACUGACCAGUACCACAACUGA